AUGUCUGAAGACGGCAGUCGCAAUGCCGACAGGCGCACGCCGCGCUUCAGCUGGAACCUGGCCUACGAGGCCACCUUCUUCCGGUCGCUGUGCGAGUCCAUCCAGCUGGGCUUCAAGGAGAACCACAGCUUCAAGGCCGGCGCCUGGGAGCGCGCCGCCAUCGCCCUGCGCGACAAGCACGUCGCCUACCCCGAGAAGAGCCACCUGAUCAACAAGGCCGACAAUGCCCGCAAGAAGUUCCGCAUGUGGAGGGGCUUGAGGGAGGAUCCCGAGUUCCUGUACAACCCCAACACGCGCAUGGUGACGGCGAGCGAGGAGGCAUGGCAGAGACACUUCGAGAAAGAGCCGCUCUCCAAGGCCCUCAGGGGUCGCCCUUUCGACCACGAGGAGUACAUGGAGAUCCUGUUCCCCGACGUCAUCGGCUCCGGCGGCGCCCCGAAGCGCAUCAUGAAGAAGCGCAAGGGCCCCGAUGGCACGCCUCUCGCUGCCGACGCCUCCGGCACCAGCAAUCCCGGCCAGCAGGUCAUGGACCUGACCAUCGAGCCCAGUCUGUACACGCAGACCCCUACACACAGCUCUACUCAACAGAUCUCACAGACGCCCGCAUCGGCGCAGUCAGUUUCUCAUCAGCAGCAACAGCAGCAACAGCAGCAGCAACAGCAGCAACAGCAACAUCAACAUCAACAGCAUCAACAUCAGCAGCACCAGCAAACACAGCCGCAUCCACAACCGCACCCACCAUCCCAGCCUCACCACCACCCAACCGCUGCUGGCAUCCCGCCCCCGUCUACGGUCCCGACCUCUAGCGCCCUCACGCCCCCCGACGAGACCCCCAACGCUGCAAAUCCGCGAAAGCGCUUUGCCCCCGAUACAGACAAACGUCGCGGCCGACCGUCAAGGUUCUCUUCCAACAUCUAUAGUGGCUCUCCAGCUGCUUCAAGCUCCGCAUCACUCCCUGCGGCGGCUCCUGCUACAACUCCCUUGCGGGCCCAACCCAUCCAUCCGUCCUUCAACACCACUGCCCUCUUCGAGGACGGCUUGUACAUGCUGGCCGAGGCCCUGAGGUCUCGCGCCCCCGCCAAGUGGCCCGAGCAGGCAAUGGAGAUACUGUUCCGCGACUUCUCGGACGAGGACGCAGAUCUGCAGCUCAAGAUUGCCGAGAAGGCUUUGACCGAUGAGAACAAGGCUAUGAUGUUUGUCAAGUCAACCCCGGAACUGAGAAGACACUGGGUCGGAAGAUUGCGAGAGGUCCACCUGCGCGGCCUUGGCCUGGGAAGAGUCGGCGAGGAAGCCUCAUAG